AAUCUGCGCAGAAUGAUCUCCGUGAACGCACAAGAUGACAACUAAUAGAAACUGCAGCUCUGCGCAUGCGCUGAGGCGGAACUGUCUGGUCGCCCGCUUGUUUCCCAGCCGGAGCGGUCUGAGCAGCGCACCCAUAGAAACGGCUCUUGUGAGUAAGAUGGCGGCGUCGACAGCGACCACGAAGGUGCCAGAGGUUCGAGAUGUCACUCGAAUGGAGAGGAUCGGAGCUCACUCUCAUAUCAGAGGGCUGGGGCUGGAUGAUGCGCUGGAGCCGAGACAGGUCUCUCAGGGCAUGGUGGGUCAGCUGGCAGCGAGGCGGGCGGCUGGAGUGAUCCUGGAAAUGAUCAAAGAGGGAAAAAUCUCUGGAAGAGCCGUGCUGAUAGCAGGACAGCCAGGAACCGGGAAAACAGCCAUCGCCAUGGGAAUGGCUCAGGCUCUGGGUUUGGACACUCCCUUCACUGCGAUGGCUGGCAGCGAGAUCUUCAGUCUGGAGAUGAGCAAGACUGAGGCUCUGACACAGGCCUUCCGGAGAAGCAUCGGAGUCCGCAUCAAGGAGGAGACAGAGAUUAUCGAGGGGGAGGUCGUGGAGAUUCAGAUCGACAGGCCGGCUACAGGAACGGGUUCGAAGGUCGGGAAGCUGACCCUGAAAACCACAGAGAUGGAGACGAUCUACGACCUCGGAACCAAAAUGAUAGAAUCCCUGAGCAAAGAGAAAGUGCAGGCAGGAGACGUGAUCACGAUUGAUAAAGCCACGGGGAAGAUCAGCAAGCUGGGCCGGUCGUUCACCAGAGCGAGAGACUACGAUGCCAUGGGAGCACAGAUGAAGUUUGUUCAGUGUCCAGACGGGGAGCUGCAGAAGAGGAAGGAGGUUGUUCACACAGUGACCCUGCAUGAGAUCGACGUGAUUAACAGCAGAACCCAGGGCUUCCUCGCGCUCUUCUCAGGAGACACAGGGGAGAUCAAGUCGGAGGUUCGAGAACAAAUCAACGCCAAGGUGGCGGAGUGGAGAGAGGAGGGGAAAGCAGAGAUCAUACCAGGGGUCCUCUUUAUCGAUGAGGUUCACAUGCUGGAUAUCGAGUGCUUCUCCUUCCUGAAUCGAGCUCUGGAGAGCGACACGGCUCCUGUACUGAUCAUGGCAACAAACAGAGGAAUCACCCGAAUUCGUGGCACCAACUACCAGUCCCCCCACGGGAUCCCGAUAGACCUGCUGGACCGACUGCUGAUCAUCUCAACCACACCCUACAACGAGAAAGAGACCAAACAGAUUCUCAAGAUCCGGUGUGAAGAGGAGGAUGUAGAGAUGAGUGAUGAUGCUCACACAGUUCUCACUCGUAUUGGUCUCGAGACGUCUCUUAGAUACUCCAUCCAGCUCAUCACUGCGGCCAGUCUGGUGUGCAGGAAGCGCAAGGGAUCGGAGGUGCAGGUUGAGGAUAUCAAGCGUGUUUACUCUCUGUUCCUGGAUGAGUCUCGAUCCACUCAGUACAUGAAGGAGUAUCACGAUGCGUUCAUGUUCAAUGAGAUCAAAGGCACUCAGAUGGACACUUCGUAAGACGCCCGAGACAGAAACAGAAACCACUGGACUGCGCUGGAGUUUGUUAAAGACAUUGAGAGAGAGAGAGAGAGAGAGAGAGAGCGACUGACCCAGGAGAGCAGUUCAUCACCAUGAGCUUCACAUAUCCGUCUAUAUUCACAAGGCAUCUUCCCUUUGCGUUCCGCUCGCUUCUCAUUCUGUCGUUGCAGUUCCUCAAACACUGUUUAAUUCAACGUUUAAUUAACACUGUUUAAUUUGACUGUGAGUUCAGGAGCUGCUCUUCAGUUGAGGUGUUCAGAGAGCGCUGGCUGUGCUGGAUCUCUCCACCGAUGAGAGCCAGUGUGUGAGUGACUGCAACCCCAACCCCAACCCCAACCCCAACCCCAACCCCAACCCCCGCUCCCUGGACUGGCUGUGUGUGUGUUUGUUAAUGUUUCAACGGGACAGGAAGUCUUCUCCAGUGCUGAGAGAAGAGAAGCGAGAGCGUUCUGGAAUCUCCUUCUUUCAUUUUGUUAAAAAAAAAAACUUAUGUUUUUGUAAAAUAAACCUGCUAAAGAAAAUAAAUAAAAUUAAUUCUCGAAUUUCUAAA